AUGAAGCUCGUGCGGUUUUUGCAGAAACUCUCCAACGAAAGCGUGACGAUAGAGCUCAAGAACGGCACCACGGCGCACGGGACGAUCAUGGGCGUGGACGUGAGCAUGAACACGCACCUGAAGCAGGUGAAGCUCACGCUCAAGGGUAAAAACCCGACGGCGGUCGAACACCUGAGCGUUCGAGGGAACACGAUUCGGUAUUACAUCCUUCCGGACUCUUUGAAUCUGGACACUUUGUUAGUAGACGACACGCCCAAGCAAGGGAAACCGCGCGCGAAGGCGGCGGCGAGCGCCGGUCGAGGGCGCGGUCGCGGUCGAGGGCGCGGGCGCGCGCGGCCGACGUAG